AUGACAUGGAGCAAUGCCACCCGUGUUCUUAUUCAUAUUGGCGAUGCGCCACCACAUGGUCGUCGUUUUUAUACUACCAAAUACGUGUAUCGUGACAAUUAUCCGGACGGUGACCCGAAUGGUCUGACUGCAGAAAAUGUGCUAAAGAAAAUGCAAUUAAAAAACAUUUUAUACUACUUUGGAAAAAUUAAUGAUUCUACUGAUGUUAUGGUUAAUGUAUUUCGUGAAAUAAUUGGAAGUUUUCCUGCUACUUAUUCAUCCAUCUUUUCUUCUAUUACACUAACCACAACUUUAAGAAACUCGGAAAGCAUAUACUCUUUGCAACGAAAAAAACUUCAAAUCAAUCCAAACGAACCUGAUUGGACUGCUCAUCCAGAGAAAACAGGAAAGCUUUUAUGUUAUAUUCCACCUAAAACUCUGGCUGAAGUUAAAGAUAAAGAUUAUUUUAUCAAGUCAAGCUUUACUAAGCAAGAUAUAUCUUUUAAGCUUGCACCGCAACCGUUCUCCGCCGGUGCUGAACGAUAUGCCUAUUUCGCAUUUGAUACAAGUCCUGAACGAGCUAAUAAAUUAGUGGUAAAAAAGUACCAUAAUAUUAAAAAAGGCACAAUAGAAAUGUAUUUAGAAUCAGUGGAAAUUUCUAAUGUUGCUGAUUUUUUAUCAACAAAAUUCAAUAUAGCCGCAGAACGGGUUGGUGUUAAUAAAAAGGUUACAUUUAUUGAUGUAAAAGUCUUAUAUAAUGGGACAGAUAAUACUUAUUACUCUGUAGAAGAAUAUAUUAAUAAUGCAGAAUUUAAAAAAUUUAACGUGAAUAGUGGUCUAAUUACAGAGUUUCAUUCCAUUCUCGAGGCAUUUGCUCAUUUCACGUAUCAAUACACUGAAGGAUAUUUGGUAGUUUAUGACUUACAAGGUGCCGAUUUCCAUAAUGAGUUCUUGUUAACAGAUCCAGCCAUACAUUGUAUUGAUUUGGAACAACAAACUUAG